AUGUCGUCGCGGAAGCCCGCCGACGUUGCAUCGAAAGAGCGCAACGAAUACAUUCCGGCUUUCAUUUCAAAGAAACCUUUCUAUAUCGACGACGAGGACACCGCAAACGAUUAUCUAGAGCACCAGCGUCUACAAAAAUCAACAACAACAGACCAGUCAAAAUGGUACGAACGAGGGAAACGCGCCGGUCCAGCGGCCACGAAGUAUCGCAAAGGCGCUUGCGAGAAUUGCGGCGCGAUGACCCACAAAACAAAAGAGUGCCUAAAUCGGCCGAGAAAGCACGGCGCGAAAUGGACGGGCAAGGAUAUUCAGGCGGAUGAGGUCAUUCAAAAUGUCGAUUUAGGAUGGGAUGCCAAAAGAGACCGAUGGAACGGUUACGACGCUGGAGAGUACCGACAGGUUGUUGAGGAAUAUGAGGAGCUGGAGAAGCUGAAGCGACAAACAAAAAUUACCAAUGGGGAAACAGACAAUGCCAACGAGGAGGAGGCUACAGAGCAGGAAGCUCGGUAUGCAGAGGAAUCCGAUAUGGGAAGACAGCAGAGUACAGCCACUCGCAAUCUACGAAUCCGAGAAGACACUGCGAAAUACCUACUGAACCUUGAUUUGGACUCAGCCAAGUACGAUCCGAAAACGCGACGCAUGGUGGACGCAGGUGCUGCAGAAGAUCAGGCUGCAGCUCUUGUUGCUGAAGAGAACUUUGUUCGCUCGUCUGGAGAUGCAGCGGAGUUUGAAAGAGCUCAGCGGUAUGCCUGGGAGGCGCAAGAGCGUGGUACGCAGAAGAUCCAUCUACAGGCGAAUCCAACUUCCGGUGAAAUCAUGCGAAAGAAGGAGCUAGCCGAAACAGAGGCUAAGCGAGACGCGCAACGGAAGGCACUUCUCGAGAAGUAUGGCGGCGAACAGCAUUUGCAACAAACUCCCCUUCGUGAGACAAUGGUGAUCGAGAAUGAACGGUUCGUCGAGUAUGACGAGACAGGGGCGAUCAAAGGCGCUCCUAAGAAAGCAACCAAGUCCAAAUACCCUGAAGAUAUCCUCACGAACAACCACAAAUCUGUAUGGGGUAGUUGGUGGCACAAUUUCCAAUGGGGCUAUGCUUGCUGCUUCUCGACCGUUAAGAACAGUUACUGUACGGGUGAGGGAGGAAAGCGAGCAUUUGAAGAGACAGGAAACAUGUUGCUACUGCCUGAAGACGAGCCCGAGCAGCCGUUGCCAGAAGCCGACGAGACUGCUACUGCCCAUGAUUCUCAGAGCACAGAAAGCAAGCAGCAGCGAGAUUCAAAGAAACGGACGCUUCUAGAGGUGCAGUCAGGGAUAACGGAGGACGAGUUUGAGACGUAUAAGCGCAGUCGACUAGCAGCUGAUGAUCCUAUGGCUGCGUUCAUUGGAAAGGACGAUGCGCAUUAG